CACUUUCUGGAGGAAACAACCCGGUUUGACGAACCUACCCUGCAUUGCAGACUGCAGCUGUACAGGCCACUCUAGGUACGUUGUUUGACAAACUAGCGAUCGUAUCUCUCGGCCUGUCACCCGACACUCCCGGCUUUUACUUGCCAAUCUUUCUAAUUUACAAAGAAAGAUUCGGACAAGCUUCGUCUGAUCUUCAACAUGACGAUUUUCAAUGCCAACUCCAUCCAGACCCCUCCUCACAUCAGAAUGAUCUUGAUAGCUCUAUUGCGGACGAUCAUUAAACCAGGAGAUUUCAUGAUCGGCCUCAACUUGGAAGAUGUCACGAAUUUUCCAGAUCAUCUCGGAUACCUAUGGUUCAACUUCAAGGCAUCCACUACCGUCCUCACGUUUGGCAUUUCUACGGCCCCGUUGUUGUUUACCCGCAUCACGAAGCCCAUCGUUCAGUAUCUACAUCGACGAGUCCAUACAGGAAGCAAAUGUACUUUCAUCGGGGCCGUAUUUGACGCACGACUGGUGAAGAUCUUCGUUCCCCAUGACAGAUGGGACGUCAUUCCCCACGACAGAUGGGUCAAGAUGCUUAGUACCGUUAGCACUGUCUCAACAGAGACAUCUUCGACAGUGGCAGGAGCUACUCUGUCUAGAGACAUCAGCCCAGGCUCUCACAUGCUCGGGUCAACUACAGCUGCACCCGAUCCAGAUAUUUCUACGCCUGUACUCGAGGGUCGACGAUCCUCGUGCGCCGACCCCCUACCAACAUCGUUACAUCAUGUAUCUUUACUGCUGGCUCGACGUAUCGAACGUCUGCGCCUGGGUUUGUUUGAUGUCGUUCAACCCCACUCAUCAUCUGUUCAUCCGAGACCAUUUUCACGAGAAGCAAAUCGCAGGGGCAGAGGUUGUCCAACGAUCGUCGUCUUCACAUGAACGAACUGUAGUUCAAGGCAACCAUUCUCGCCAUGAUAUUGGGCAAAAGAUCUUCAAUCGAGGAAUAUCUAACUUAAUCAAAUUCUUGUAAUUUAUUCUCAGGUUCUAUCUCUUAUUUAUUUCUCUUUUUCUUUUUAUUGAUGAAUGAUAAGUAGUCAUACCUCUAAUUUCAAGUGGCAACAUUUCCCACAAUAACUGAUCAUUAAGUUCAUACUUAGUGCCUUCCUCUCCCUGGUUAGGGCUCACAUGUUUAUUGUUUCCUUACCCAUUUUUAUAUAUUUUACGUCAUGCAAUAGUGAAUUAUUAAACUUCCAAUAUCCUUUACACCUUUCCAUUUGUGAUGAGUUGAUUGUAAUCGAUACUAUUGCGUAAUCAGAAUUAAUACUUGGAAUAAUAUCUGUAUCAGAGACGGAGUACAUUAAAUUAUUGGAAAUCAUAAAGAAAUCUAAACGAGAUUGUUUUAAAGGGGUUGGUCCUCAGCAGCUCUUUUAAUAAUAUGUAUAUCCGUAAAAAUUCACUAAUGAGUAUACAAUUUAAUUUAUUCUUAGAUUCAUUGCAACAUAGUUACCUUUCUUUUUAUCUAUUGCAGUCUGUAGAAUAUCAAAAUGAAAAUUAUUAUUGAAGAGGAUGGCAGUCCCUCUUGCAUUGCUUCUAUGAUGGCUAAAAUAUCAUUCAUUGUAGCCCCAUUGCUGUUUAAUUAACUGUUCCUGUUCUUUUUGUAAAGUGUACAUCUUGAAGACAGAAAUUCUGUGCUUUCCUUUUUCUUAAGAAUCGGAAUACUUGUUUUCUUUUGAAAUUAUUAUCUAGGCCUCCACAAUUUAAAGAAGGAACUUCAAACUUUUCUUGAUUACCUUUCAUGACCAGAUAUAUUGAUAUUGGAUCUAAUGUGUGUAGUUCUCUUCACUCAACCUUCACU